AUGGCUACGACGGCGGUCACUGAAUCGGGACAUAGACUCAUUGAGCUUACUCUGGAGACCGUCGACGAUGGUUGUACGGAUCCGAUCGGAGGAGCUGCCGAGACUGAACCUAGGGAGAUGGCGACCGAUGACGUUGGACAAUUCAGGGACUCGAGGGUGGAUUUUAUUACUUUCCUCCCUGAGAGCGGCGGUUAUGCGGCUUCGAUUCCCGACCAAAGGUCCCUGACAGCGGCAGAGGUGUUGAUCGUUGGGAGGAGAAGAGGCGGCUUUGGAUGGUUUUUAGGCCCGCGGAUCUCGUUCUUGGCAGCUUCCACUUGA